ACUGUGCAGACGUCGAUGAAAUCAUAGGAAAAUGAGUGUUUUACGCAAAGCUGCAGCUCCACUUCUGCACAUAAGAAAUUCCAGUUUCCUGACGAAGCAAUUUCCUCUGCAAUUCUCACCAAAACUUCUUUCUCAGUUGCGAAAUUUUGGCUCUCAAGUGUCGUGUUGGAGUUGCGGAAACGUCGAUGGCGGGAGUGGAAUAUUUUGCCCAAAAUGCAAUUCACUGCAGAAAGUUGACACGUCAAAGAAUUACUUUGACAUUUUGGACCUUCCGCUGAACUACAAUGUCGACAGCAAUGCUUUAUCGGUGAAAUUCCGGGAGAUGCAGAGCUUUCUGCAUCCGGACAAGUUCAGCAACAAGUCGCAGGAGGAGCAGGACAUCUCGCUGGAGUGGAGCUCGCUUCUGAACAAGGCCUACAAGACUCUCUUGGCGCCAAUCAAGCGCGGCGAGUACAUUUUGGAGCGCAAAGGUGUGCAAUUGCCGAAGGAUAACAGCGCUCUGGACCAGAUGUUCCUGCUGGAGAUGAUGGAGAGGAAUGAGGAGGUGGAUGAGGCAAACACCGACAAGGAUUUGCGGCAACUCCUCGUGAAAGCGCGGAAGGAAUUGAGUGAAACGUCUGAAGAAUUGGCGAAAGCCUUUGAGAAAAGUCGCACGGAAGACGCCGUGGAAAUCAUUGUGAAGAUGAAGUACUUGAUUAGUCUGGAAAGUAGCAUCAAAGAGAAGUCCAGACGAUUGGGAUUUGUUGAUUAGAGACGAUUUGUUUCGUGGAAUGCAGAGAAAAAUACAUUUUUAUACUGAAUAAACUUGAA